AUUUUAUUGAUGUCCACAUGACUGAACAGCAUAUGGGACCAAGAAAAACACCCACGUUAAACCUCCCGAAAACUCACCAGACCACCUCAUUCAUUUUAAACUCUUAGUCUGAACGAAAUAGAGGACGUUUUAUGGCAACUUCAACAUGUCUAAUUGUCAAACAGAUACUUCCAUGACCUGUAUCUUUUAAUGGGAUAUUUGAUUCCUUCCCAUUUGUCUGUAUUGCACAUAGCAUCGCUACUUGUAUUAGCCAUAGCUGUUACCUGUGCGCUGCUAUCUACCCACUAUCUGCCUUUCUCAUUUUCAAGCAUGGCUGCAAACACUGUUCACAACUUUACUGUUAAGGACAUAAAGGGUAAUGAUGUGGAUCUGAGCGCGUAUAAGGGCAAGGUUUUGCUUAUUGUCAAUGUUGCUUCUCAGUGUGGGCUGACUAAUUCCAACUACAAAGAGCUGAACCAGUUAUAUGAAAAGUACAAAGAUCAAGGAUUUGAAAUACUUGCAUUUCCUUGCAACCAAUUUGGUGGACAAGAGCCAGGUAAUAAUGAUCAGAUUGAGGAAGUAGCUUGCACUCGCUUCAAAUCCGAGUUCCCUAUAUUUGAUAAGAUUGAAGUCAAUGGUGAUAAUGCAGCACCCAUCUACAAGUUCUUGAAAGCAAGUAAAGGUGGCUUUUUGGGGAAUAAAAUAAAGUGGAACUUCACUAAAUUUCUAGUUGACAAAAAUGGGAAUGUUGUCAGCCGAUAUGCUCCAAUAACUUCUCCACUCAAAAUCGAGAAAGAUAUUAAGCAGCACUUGGAGGUCUCCUAAUUCUCUUCGUCAACAUAUCUAUGAGUGUUAUGUAUCUAUUCAUGUAUAUUAGGUUUAUUAAAUAAUUGGCAUAUGAUAACCCUUGGUUAAAUGGACAUUUUGUGAGUUUUGAACAUAACCCAAAAGUUAUCGUUUGACCUAUGGCAUUCAUUUGAGUAUGGAUGCCAAAAUAUGUGGCUUUUUAACUAUAAUAUGUACAUAUUUAAGGGGUGUUAAUAUUUAUAUUAAGUUAAUGUAGUAUGUUUUGUGAAGAACCUCAAAAUAAAAAUAUAAUUACAAUGAAAUGCAACUGGAUUAGUUCAAGUUCCUUUUGAA